AUGCUUUGGAUGGUGCUGCUGAAGAGAUUAAGGCUGUUGUUGGAUGUUGAAGCAUCCAAAGGAGGAUCUAGCCCACAUGCUAACACUGCCACGGGGUCGUUUGGCAGUGGAUCUAAUACUGAAGCUUCCACUGAAGAGGAAGUAAACAAAGAAAGUACCCCUGAAGAUGUGGCUGAUUCUGAGCCAGAGAAUGAAGCUGGUGAGGACUCUGAGAAAACCACCAAUGAAGAACAGGACAUAAUGGAUGUUGAUGAAGUCCCUUCUGAAGAAGAUCUGCAACCUCCACCUACUCAGAAAGGUAUUGGGAGAAGACUGAGAAGCAGGACCACUACACCUGCACCUGCUGUCACCACUACCCCUGUUGUCACCAAGAAAACAAAGGACAAUACUCUGAAGCCUGUCAAGUAUGGUCCUAAGAAAGGAUGGAGCAAGCCUAUACCUCCUCCUGAAAAGAAAAAGGGUGUGCUGAAAAGGAAGAGUGUACCAUCAAGUGACUCUGAUUUUGAAGCUGAAAAGGAUGACUCAAGCAUCAAGCCUCCUGCUAAGAAGGCUAUGUCUGCUAAAAAGGCCUUGCCUCAAUCUGCUGCUCCUGACAUUGAAGACUUCCCUUGCAAAGAUAUUCUGGAAUGUGAAGAGAUUGUGAGUUUGAUCAAUGAUGCUGGAUUGAUCAAAACUGUGUGGGGCUUAGGCUCCUGCUAUGAGAAGCUGGUUAGGGAGUUUGUUGUCAACAUCCCUAUAGGUUGUGACAAUCCCUUGGACAAAGAAUUUCAGAAGGUAUAUGUUCGAGGAAAAUGUGUGACAUUUUCUCCAAGUGUGAUCAACAAGGUGCUGGGUAAUGCUGAUGAUCCUCACCCUGACAUAGAUGUAUCUGACAAUGUGGUCUGCAAAACUAUCACAGCUGAAAAGGUGAAAACCUGGCCCAAGAAGGAGAAGGUACCUGCUGUCAAGCUAACCCAAAAGUAUGCCAUCUUGAAUCGUAUUGCAUCUGUCAACUGGGUUCCUACAACACAUGCAUCUGACAUUGCAACAAAUCUGGUUGUGCAGCAUGCCAAGACCUCUGUCACCAAGCAACCCAUUGCAUUUCCAACCCUAAUCUGUGACAUCAUCUUGUCCCAACAUCCUAAUAUAAGGCAUGAGGAUGAGUCUGCUAAGAAAAGGGCAACACCUCUGGCCAUUCAUCAGAAGCUGUACAGUAAACAGCAUGCUCCAGAUAUUGUUGGACCAUCAAAUGCUGCUGCUGACACUCCUAUGACAAGGAAGGAGAUGAUUGCUAUGCUGGAAGCAAACUGUAAGGAGCUAGAUGAAAAGAAGUUGCAGUUUGAAAGGAUGAUACAUGCCCUCAGGGUUGAAGAGGCUGCAGCUCAAGCAGCUGAUGCAGGUGAUGAUGGUACUAGUGGUGAAGAAGAAGCUGACUCAGAUGCUGAAGGAGAAGAAAGUGAUUCAUCCCCAAGUGCUUCUGUGUAA